AUGUGCCGCGUCCCAGUCCAUGACCCAUCAGUGCUGCGUGCGGACGGCGGCGGGGGGCGGGGAGAAUCCCCGGGAAAGUCCCCCUUCCAACAGGGCAAGGCAGGAUGGGCAGCGGGGCCGCACCCAGGGCAGCGCGGAGGCCGGCCCGGUGCCCUGCGCCCCGAGAGCCACGUCCGCGGCGGCGUCCCCAGCGCGCGAGCCCCCGGCUGCGGGCCCGGCGUCCGGCGGGCGCGGGGCCGCGGGGGCGCGGACUGGUCGGUCCCCACGCGCGGAUUCGGGCCCGGGGAGACGCCGCCCGUUCCGGGGUUUGCGCUUGUGUUUUCCGGGAGCGCGAGUGCCCGAGGCCCGGAGCCGCCGCGCGAGGCGGGUGGGAGCGCGGAGCCCCGGCUGCGAGCGAGAAACAAAAGCCCGCCAGGGGCGGCCGCGUCGGGAGGAGCCACCGCUCGGCGGCUCCGGGUCCCCAUCCGGUCCCGCUCCGAGUCCCCGCGCGGGAAGCGGCCGCUGCGCUCCCCCGUCCCGCCCGUCCCCGGAGCGCACAGGCGGCUGGAGGCGCCACAAUCGGAUUCACGGCCCGGGAGGCGCCCCCCCACCCCGCCCCGCAACGGGCCGGCGACAGCGAACGGGAAACUGACGGGAGGCGAGCGGGGUCCGCCCUCCGCCCCGCACGCCGGCUCCGCUCGCUGCUGCCUCCCGAGCUCGGCCGGGUCCCCGGGUCUCGCCCCACUUCCCCCCCAGCCCCCACGCGCGGCCCGCCGACCCCCGCCGCACUCCGCACCCCAGUGCCACCCGCUCCGCCGCGCCCCCGGCUGCCCCAUCCCGCCCCCACCGAGCGAGUGA